AUGAUGAUCGUUGAGAUGCAAGUGCACAUGGACUGUGCUGGAUGUGAAGAUAAGAUAAGAAAAGCCCUUCAAAAGUUAGAAGGAGUGGAUGAGAUAGACAUCCACAUGGACAUGCAGAAGGUGACAGUCACGGGGUGGGCUACCCAGAAGAAGGUUCUCAAGGCAGUGAAGAAGACAGGAAGGAGAGCAGAGUUCUGGCCAUUCCCCUACAACCCUGAGAUCAACAACUUUGAUCCACAAAAUUAUUAUUAUAACAAUAACACUUAUCACAAUGAUAAUCAUAAUCACUAUGAGCACAAUGACAAUUACUAUUUCCACCAACCUAGUUACAGUCAUCACUCCUAUGAAUUGCCACCAAUACCUUCCUCAUACCCCUAUUAUUACAAGCAAGGCUACACCAGUAAUGAUGACUAUGGCUAUUUCCACCACUCACCUCCUCCUGCUAUGGUUGAUUAUCAAGCUAGCUCCAUGUUUAGUGAUGAAAACCCUCAUGCUUGCUCAAUCAUGUAA